AUGGAGGGCGAUCUCAUCGUCGACCCACAUGAUGGUGCUAUGGAUGUCGGAGACACGUUUUAUGAGGAUGAGAAGCCAGAGGAUAUCCCGCUGGAGAGCUACUCCGAGUCUGACAGACAGCAUGAGGAUGCCUACGACAAUGGUAUCGGACGGCCCAAAUUCCCAGAUCCUGUGACGUUUUCUUCGGGGCAAGCUGACUACAUUCGGCUUGGCAAGAACUUGAGCACAGCCAUAGACAGAAUGUCUGAUAAGGAUGUGCAACCUUGGGGGAACGAGAAUGGUUUCAAGCCAUCCUUCCGAAUGAAGUGUGCAGACUCCUCGGCACCUCUCAAAUACUAUUUCGCCUCCAAGCAGCUGAACAUUCCAUCCAAGGUCACAAAAGAAGGACUGGUAAGAAAGGUCGACGAUUGCUUGCGGGAAAUCAUCUCAGUCAGUGUCUUGUUCUCGGAUCCAUCGAUGGCCACUCACAUCAUCGAUAUCUGUAGUGGCAUAACCCAGUGGGGGUAG